GUCUUCUUGCGCUGCGCGAUCGCAACUAUCCUCAAUUAUUACCCGAUCCUUCACCAUAUAGACCGUCCCACCUUCUCAAAAUGUUGAUCAAAGUCCGUACUCUCACCGGCAAGGAGAUCGAACUCGAUAUCGAGCCCGACUACAAGGUCUCCCGCAUAAAAGAACGUGUCGAAGAGAAAGAGGGCAUCCCCCCGGUCCAGCAGCGACUGAUCUUCGGUGGCAAGCAGAUGGCCGACGACAAGACCGCCGCAGAAUACAACCUCGAAGGUGGCGCCACACUACACCUGGUCCUCGCGCUUCGUGGUGGGUUUUAAGAGCGAAAAGGACUAGAGAGGAAAGGAGGGAAAGACAGAUGCCGAUUGGUAGCUGUGUUGUGCAUGGAAAAUAAAUAUCGGUUCCUCCCUUGACAGUUAUGUCACCACCAUCAUACUCAUACUCAUACCCAUAAUCAUGCCUAUCUACCCCGUUGCUACGCUUCAGGAACUGGUUUCCUGGAAUGAAAACAUCAUCAUGGCCGUUUUGCUUUGCUCCAUCACAGGCGUAUAGAGUCGAGUCGCGUAUAUGUCGCUUUCAUCCUUGGACCCUAGCGCGAUAUUGAACUGUGGUUCAGCAGCAAUAC